AUGAAUGAAACAAAUUUAUUUAAAAGAUCAUCACCUUAUCUUGUUCAAUCUACACCACAACAGGCACUUCCAAAAAAACCACCACAAUACUCAGCUCAUCCACCACAAGCAAGACCUGUAUCACAAAACCAAAAUAGACCACCUCCAGUACCAACACCAAUACCAGCACCAUCAACACCAAAUGAGGAACCACCACAAGCAAGACCUGUACCAAAUGGCAAUUCACCAGUAAGACCAGGUCCACCAGAACUACCAGUCCCAAGUUGGGUACCACCAAACCCAAAUAAUGAACCACCACAACCAAAAUCAAAACCAAAACCAAAACAUAAUGCAUCAAUCCCCGAUUAUAGAAAACUAUUUCAAGCUAUGGAUGCUUAUGAAAAACAAGAACAAGAACAAGAACAAGAACAAGAACAAGAACAAGAACAAGAACAAGAACAAGAACAACCCCCACAACCACCCCAACCAAAACCAAAACAUACUGCAUCAAUCUGCAAUAUUAAAAAACUAUUUCAAGAUAUGGAUGCAUAUGAAAAACAAGAUCAAGAUCAAGCUCAACAACAACAAGAUCAACAACAACAAGAUCAACAACAACAAGAUCAACAACAACAACAACAACAACACCAAUC